UAUUGAAGGAGGGGGGGCGGAGGCGGAGGCGGAGGCGGCGGGAAGGAAAGAAAGCGCUGGAGGCCGCGGCGGAGAGGCUGUACUUGACGAGCGGGGCAUCAUGAUUUCGGCCGCCCAACUUCUGGACGAGCUUAUGGGCCGGGACAGGAACCUGGCCCCGGAUGAAAAGCGCAGCAACGUGCGGUGGGACCACGAUAGCGUUUGUAAAUAUUACCUUUGUGGGUUUUGUCCAGCUGAAUUAUUCACAAAUACCCGUUCUGACUUAGGUCCUUGUGAGAAAAUUCAUGAUGAAAAUCUCAGAAAACAGUAUGAGAAGAGUUCUCGAUUCAUGAAAGUAGGCUAUGAAAGAGAUUUCCUUCGGUAUUUACAGAGCUUGCUUGCAGAGGUAGAACGCCGAAUUCGAAGAGGCCAUGCACGUUUAGCAUUGUCUCAGACUCAACAGGCUUCAGGUCAAGCAGCAGGACCUACUGGUAAAAAUGAAGAGAAGAUUCAAGUAUUAACUGACAAGAUUGAUGUACUUCUACAACAGAUUGAAGAACUAGGUUCUGAAGGAAAGGUGGAAGAGGCUCAAGGCAUGAUGAAACUUGUUGAACAGUUAAAAGAGGAAAGAGAGUUGCUCAGAUCUACAACUUCAACAAUUGAGAGCUUUGCAGCUCAGGAAAAGCAGAUGGAAGUUUGUGAAGUCUGUGGAGCAUUUUUAAUCGUAGGAGAUGCACAAUCCAGGGUAGAUGAUCACUUGAUGGGAAAACAGCAUAUGGGUUACGCAAAAAUUAAAGCUACAGUGGAAGAACUAAAAGAAAAAUUAAGAAAGAGAACUGAAGAGCCUGAGCGUGAUGAUCGGUUAAAAAAAGAGAAACUAGAACGUGAAGAGCGAGAGAAGGAACGUGAAAGGGAAGAAAGGGAAAGAAAGCGACGGCGUGAAGAAGAAGAAAAGGAAAAAGAGAGGGCUCGUGAUAGAGAGAGACGAAAGAGGAGUCGUUCACGAAGCAGACAUUCAAGCAGAACUUCUGACAGGAGGGGUAGUCGGUCAAGGGACCAUAAAAGAUCAAGAAGCAAGGACAGAAGACGAAGCAGGAGUCGAGAUCGACGCAGAAGCAGAAGCCAUGAUAGGUCAGACAGAAAACAUAGAUCACGUAGCAGGGACAAAAGGCGGUCAAAGAGUCGGGAUCGGAAAUCUUACAAGCACAGAAGCAAAAGCAGAGAGCGAGAACAAGACAGGAAAUCUAAGGAAAAAGAAAAGAGGGGAUCUGAUGAUAAAAAAAGUAGUGUGAAGUCCAGUAGUCGGGAAAAACAGAGUGAAGACACAAGCAUGGACUCCAAGGAAGGCGAUGCUAAGAAUGAGGUCAAUGGGACCAGUGAAGACAUUAAAUCUGAAGUGCAGCGUAAGUAUGUACAGAUGAAGAUGGAGCUAAGUCAACAAGUAAGAAGAGGUACUAAAGCAACUUCUGAAGGAAAACACAGUGUAGUCCUGCAAAAUCUUUUGAGGUACAUUGUUUUGUAUCGGCUAUUUUGUAGCAGACUCAUACCCCCAUUAGUGUGCCUCUUGGGAACAUAUUUGUAAUCUAGUCCCUUAGAAGUUAAUUAUCCUAUUUUUUAUUUUUAGGGGAUUUAUUAUCUUUUUAAACAACUUGAACUGAUUUUGUAAUUUAAGUCCAUAUUGUGUUGGUGCAUCAGAAACAUUUGCUUUAAUACUUAAUAUUAGAGGCACAUGUUGGACUAUUUUGUUUUUAUAUAAACUGCUAGUAUUUCUUUGUCAAGGAUGUUUCUAGUUUUUUUGCUUUGCCUUGCAUUCUAAUGCAGUUUGUUCUGUAACUCGAGAGCCAGUAGCAUUGGAUUGAUGGAAGUGUAGGGUUUAUGAAUAAUUGCAGCUGACUACCAUACCUCACACAGCGUUGGUGUUGUGAGCGGCCCAUGAAAAGCCAAAUUAAAAAUCAAGGAUUCAGUCAAACUAAGCAGGUACUCAUGCCAGGUACUCCUUUCUCUACCCACAUCCAUGUUUGAAUGCUGUUGCCUGUAAUCUUUAAGCUUACUGUUGUGUGUUUUAUUUACAAAAAGUGAAAAGGAAUCUUUGUGCAUAUAUUGUGAAACUGUUAACCUGAUAUUAACUUGAUUGGAAUUUUCUUUCAACUGUGUGUAGGGAUGCAGUGCUGCCCAGAAUUAGAUAUCUUUAUUAAAUGCAAUAAAUACUACAUAAUAAUCGCCUUGUAACAUUCAAUGCAUUUCAAGUCUUUAAGAGGUAUGUGUUUAUAAUUUCCUACUGCGUAGGAGAAUUGCCAGGCAGCCAUGGCACACAGCAGCAUAUACUGGCUGAUACCAGACUUGGGAGGCAAAUGAAAAUAAAGGCCAAUGUCAGAAACACCCAAUAGGUAUAUAUAAAUGGCAAGAAUGUAUAUAACCACAUUGUUAGUUAAAUGAAGCUAAAUCUUAUACAUAAAUAAUUGCCCCGUCUUGACCUAUGAUUUCUCAGGGUCAUUCCUUAAGUAAGGAAUAAACCCAAAUAAAACCAGCUGAUUGAUUGCUUUCCUUGCAACAUAGUUAAUAUAGUUUCAGCUUAUCUUCUAAGAACCCCUAACCAAUUACAGUGCAGGCCUAUGCAUGCUUAUUCAGAAGUAGGUUCCACUGUGUUCAUUGGGGCUUACUUCCAAGUAAAUGUGCAUAGGAUUUUAGCCAUACAGUGCAAUCCUCUGAGCACUAAUGUUGCACACCCUCCAUUCAUUUCAGUGGUACUUGCAUUUGACAUCUGUGCAAGCCCUGUUGGAAUACAUGGCUUCCCAACAACAGUGGUUGGUGAAUUGUCACGUCAUGUUUGUCCUUAACUGUCCAAUACACAGGGGUGUUAGGUGUAAUUUUUAUGAGAUGAUUUUGAAGAGUUAAGCGGGCAGCAAGCAGACGCUAUUUAGGAAUGGCAAAUAAAAGUAAUCUCUGUUCCCACUAUCUGACUCUCUUUUCCCAACAUUUUGCGUUAUAGGACAACCAUGUGACAAGCCUGCGAAGAAGCCUGAAGACUGCUUAAUACGAAGAUCUGCUUUAAAAUGAGGUGAAAGAAAGCUGUAGUGGCAUAGAAAAAAAUUUAAAGUUCAGUUAGAUUUUUUAAAAUAAAAAUUAAUUCAGGACUGUUGUGACCUCUCAAAAUGCAGAGAAGUUAAUAAGCAAAUAUGCUACUGAGAAUUUAAGUCCUGUUAUCAUUUUUUUUCCUAUAAGACUUUUAAGAUGAUAAACCAACCACAUGGCUUGCUCAGUGUUUAAUUGCAAGUUUUCAUUCUUGAACUUUGAAACACAAGGAUAAAUGUUUAGUAUUUUGUGUGACUCCGACUAAAAUAAACCCCAUUUUUACAACAAAGCUAUACUUGGCUUCUUGAUAUACCCUAAUGGAAAUACAGUAUCUAUGACUUUCUGUUACACAUUUGAUUGUCAUUGAGUGUUUAAUAUUAAAUAGACUUCUUUCCAAAUAAA